CUCGUGCAAAGGUUGGGCCGACCGUUGUACCGUGUCUCGCACAAGCGCCCUGAACGUACGGCUUCGAUGAUGUGGAUGUGGUGAUGUUCCUGGUGGGUACAUUCGUAGACCAGUGAGACACAAAACAUCCAAAACCAGCCACCAUCCCGGGAUCCAUUCGGUGUGUUGACACGGGUGGUUCUGGGUGCACGGUGCUUGGUGGUCGGUCAGUGUGGCGAAGGAAGCAGGGAGUAAAGGGAAAAUUUGUGGAAAAGCAAUUAUCGAACCACACGGUGGCAGGUUUUAUCCGAAAAAGGUGCUUGCGAAUGCCAAGAGCAAAAAGCGGUCUUCACACCUGACACACCUUUGACACUCCACGCACACCUUGAAGCGAGCAGUACGGGCUGUCGCAACGGAACUGUCAGUGGCCAACGUUGGUAAACCUCAACGCCGUAUAUCCUUUGCCAAGCGUUGAAAACGAUGCAAUCGAAUCGAACGUAACGAAACGUGCACCGCUUGUUGAUGUUUCUACACACCGACGAAGGGUACCGACAUAUCGUGGCAAAGUAGAUACGACGGGCAAAGGCAAACGUGAUACCGCACCGAAAAGCGAAACGAACCACUGCCAUCGAAGUAGUUUUGUUGGUGACAGCAGCGCGUAUUCGGCCGUAGCGUCACCGUCACCAAUACAUAACAGCACGCCCCGGUCGGUCGGUGCGUGUCUCGCAUCAGCCGUAACGCCGCACAAAACAAAACAAGCGAUGCUAAAUUCCACCUCCAAGCACGUCCUGCACUGUGCGCUACUGUUCGGGCUGCUGUUCGCGUUCGAGAUCUUUUGCGGUGGUAUCAAGGUGAAGGAAAGUUCGUUCGUUGCGAUCGACCCGUGGGAGGAGUAUGGCACCCUGCCGACGGUCGUGCUGUACCUGCUGCGGUUGCUCACCUUUCUAACGCUGCCGCAGGUGCUGUUUAACUUUUUCGGCCUGGUCAUCUACAACGCCUUCCCGGAGAAGGUGAUCGUGAAGGGUUCACCGCUGCUGGCACCGUUCAUCUGCAUACGGAUCGUAACGCGGGGCGACUACUCCGAGCUGGUGAAGACGAACGUGCUGCGAAACAUGAACACCUGUCUCGAUACCGGGCUGGAGAACUUUCUGAUCGAGGUGGUCACGGACAAACCGAUCGGGCUGCCAAAGCACCGGCGGACGCGGGAGAUUGUAGUGCCGAAGGAGUACAAGACGAAGACGGGCGCCAUGUUUAAGGCGCGCGCAUUGCAGUACUGUCUGGAGGAUACGGUGAACGUGCUGAACGACAACGACUGGGUGGUGCAUCUGGACGAGGAAACGCUGCUGACGGAGAACAGUGUGCGCGGUAUUAUUAACUUCGUACUGGACGGGAAGCAUCCGUUCGGGCAGGGUUUAAUAACGUACGCAAACGAGAAUGUGGUCAACUGGUUGACGACACUUGCCGAUAGCUUCCGCGUGUCGGACGACAUGGGGAAGCUGCGCCUGCAGUUUAAGCUGUUCCACAAACCGUACUUCAGCUGGAAGGGUAGUUACGUGGUAACGCAGGUCCAUGCGGAGAAGGCAGUCUCGUUCGAUAAUGGCAUCGAUGGUUCGGUGGCAGAAGAUUGUUUCUUCGCUAUGCGUGCCUUCGCUCAGGGCUACACGUUCAACUUCAUCGAGGGUGAGAUGUACGAGAAGUCCCCGUUCACGCUGACCGACUUUCUUCAGCAGCGCAAACGCUGGCUCCAGGGCAUCCUGCUCGUCGUUCGGUCCGCCUCGAUUCCGGUCCGCAACAAGAUCCUGCUCGGCAUCAGCCUCUGCUCGUGGAUCACGAUGCCACUGUCCACGUCGAACAUGAUCUUUGCCGCGAUCUACCCGAUACCCUGCCCGAACCUGAUCGACUUCGUGUGCGCAUUCAUUGCCGGUUUCAACAUCUACAUGUACGUGUUCGGUGUGAUCAAAUCGUUCUCGCUGUACCGGUUCGGGCUGGUGAAGUUUCUCGCGUGCGUACUGGGCGCCCUAUGCACCAUCCCGAUCAAUGUCGUUAUCGAGAAUGUGGCCGUCAUCUGGGGCCUGGUUGGGAAGAAGAACAAAUUCUACGUGGUGCAGAAGGAUGUGCGGGCGCUCGUUACGGUUUAGGGUUGUGGAUGGAUGAGCGUACGUGACGCUGUCGAGAUCUCGGAAGCGCAGUGGUAUUAGAUGUAUGCUAGCAUUUAAGAUAUUACUCUUUACUUUAUUAUGACGCCUAUCGGUCACACGAACGCUUCUGUUCUUCUGUUCUGUUCUGUUCAUUGAUUUUCGAAUCAAUGUUCAUUUCCUUCCACAAUUAUUCUCUCUCUCACUCUCUCUCUCUAUUUAUCUCUUUCUUCCUCUCUCUCUCUUGACCGUUACAAUGACAUCGUGUACACCUUGUCCUGCGUGUAAUAUGAAUAGCCGAAUUAGCUUUCAUAAAUCGUUUGCAUUUUAUGUUUGUAGUAUGCUAUAUAUCGAAUGCAAUUAAGCAAACAAACAUCACGGGCAAACAUCACAAACCUUGAAGGACAGUCAGUGCAGGAAGGAGAAUGAGGGAAGAGGCUGUUAGCUUGAUUAGCCCGAAUGACCAAAUAGUCGGUUAAGGUGCAUUGUGGUACGCACCACAGAAGACAACCAUGAGGCAGAGAAAAAGCAUUUUUUUAUGCGUAGAAUUACAAAUGCACUAUUCGCUCGUGUGUUAGCUAGAAACCCCCGAUAACGUACCUAAGCUAGUAGUCGAAUUAAUCCUCUCUUUCUUCAGAGAGGUUUCAGAAGAACUCAAAAUGGUCGUGUGCAUAUCUCCCAAUUGGCUGUUUUGCACUGCAGCUAAAGUGCAGAACGAAACCAACUCAUCGUUACACGCGUUCGGGGAAUAGUGGCACGAAAAGCAUAGAUGCGAAGAGUUUAUAAGUAACGACGAGUGCAAACUUUAGAGCAUUAGUAGCAUUAAAUUAUGAGGAGAUGGAGAGAAAAGAAAAACAUACAUUUCUAUUCGCUGCGGCAAUGAUUUCUAAUCAAUCAUUCACUACCUCGUCUUUCUUUUCUCUAGCUGCAAACAUUGGGCUGGGAAAGGUAAAGCAUUUGCUUUCGAUUCGAUUGAUAUUAUACAAAAAAAAACCAAUGCUUGUUGGGUAGCUGGCCCCGGAAAGCAGUGUAGGAAACAUUUGUUAUGUUGUUCAAUUAGUAACAUUGUGCUCUACUUACAUCUAGUCUAUUUAUUUUCAGCCGCGCAAUUACACUACUUCAUGGCACACGCUUGUGAACAGCCGCGCCUACACAACUUUAUGGCACAAAAGUGUGUAGAUUUAUUAUCAAACUUUCUGCCUUAUUGUUUGUUUCUGGAAACGCGUUUCAUAUACCCGCACGUGGUUUUAAGCGUUUUAGUGCUGUGCGGAGUUAUGUUUCGCAUGGAACGAUACACGCGUUUCGUGCCAAAAAUGUGACUCUGGUUUAGGUGUUAGUGAAGAAGAAAGACAUCACUUCGAAAGAGAUAUGAGCUCAGGAAGCUAAACCACUCAGGCUUGAAGAGGUCGCACACCAAAAAAAAGCACAGCUUUUUCUUGCAUUACCAACGAUUCUAUCUUGUGUAAAUUAUUUUCGCUCUUUUCAGCUGCUGCUUGCAAUUGUUUGCUAUAAAAUCUACUUAGGGGAUUUUUCGAUAAAAUCUGUGCUCUUUUCCAUGCUUUCCCUAUUCUGUAGUAUGUAGUUCUCAUCACAACAACUGCAAUGUAUAACGUAUUACAUAUGUAUAAGUCAAGCUAUGAUUUCAUAACCACACCACAGUGUGGUUCAAAAGCGUCACGAAAACAGACCGAAACGAAACCGAAAAAAAAGUAACUUCUAAAGCGAACAGAUUAGGCAGAAGGCACUCAUUUUGCUUAUUUGAGAUUUUGUUUAGCAUGUUGAGCAUGUUUAGCCUAAACCAGUCGAAUGUACACCACCAUUCGGCCGAAUCUUUAUGUUUAUGUUCAGUAAGAAUGCGAACGGAAAUCACAUGUACGCUAGGUAUUGAAUAUGUACCAAACCAAAAUCAGAACGAUGCAAGCAAUGUGGAACAUGUUUGAUAAAGGUUGCUGCUACGACGCCCAACUUUUUUCACAUGUUUGCUGUGUUUUUUAGGUUUAAAGAGAGACAUACACGCACACCCAUAAAUACCAUUCACAACCUCGCUGUGUCAGGUGCUUGCCGGUCGGGAGGAAUUUGUAUUGUAAAUUGUAAACAGAAUCUCGGUUCGCUUUACCCUCUUUCACGCACCGGCGAGCUGGGUUGUUUUCCUAGUGAGGUUUUUGUGUAAUUGUUUGUUUUGUUUUUGAACCAUCAACCAACUUCACAAGAUUAAACAUGCUUAGUUGUUACGCAAUGCUGUAUCAUUGAAUGGGAAACACAGAACAGAGAAAGGAACAUUUUGCUUUAAUAUUACACCGAUACCGAUACUAAUGCUAAUAAUGAUGUGGGUGUGUGUGUGCGAUUUUAUGUUAGUAAAGACAAGGAUUGAAAGUUAUGUACAUUUCAUUUAAGCAUUAAUUAUGUAUUACACGAAGCCCAUGGCUGUACUGGUGGGUAGAAACGACACAAUGUAUAGAUAAAUCUGUCUUGUAAUUAAUGCAAUUAGUAUAUUAGUGAUAGGCGUAAUAGGUUUAGGUAUAGCUUUGUUGUUACUUUUGCAAGUGUUUUUGUUUAUCCUUUAAGGUUUCAAAAUAUGGGCGCUAGGUAGAACGCGUUACAAUUGGAGCUAGCAGGAAAGCCCCAACCUUUUUGAUGCUAUGGAGGGAUCUGUACUCGCAAGAUGGGUACAACAUGACACUAGAGAGCGAGACAUAUAAAUAGAGAGACAUAGAGAGCGAGAGAGAGAGAGAAGCAUCAGCAACGCAAGAAUGUGCUAGUUACGUCAUGAGAACUAUACCGUGCGAUCCAGGUUACACUAGGACAUUCACAGGUCCAUGCGCACGUGUUGGUGUCCGACCUUUAGGGAUGCUCCUGCUGUAUGGUCAUGGCCGCAAAGCGGUUCUUAUAGCUGCUAAUCAUGUAGAAGGGUUAAGUUCUAUCAUGCAAAACAAGAACAACAACAAAACAAACCUUGAUUGAUACACCUGCAAUGAUUAUUUCUUCAAUUAUUGGCUUAAAUAACAUUUGUUACCUUAGAAGAUUGCGAUUGCGAAGAUAGGUGCGACGUAUUUUUUCGUGCGAGUAGGAAAUAGUUUUAGAAGGGAAGGGUAUUAUUUAAAACCACAUUCAGUAUCCACUGCAGAAUGAGGUUUUGUCGUCGUUUGCAUGAGUGAAGCAAUUAGUUUGUAUUUAUUCCUUGAAGGAAGGUAGAUAAAUUCUCAAAAAAAAAAACCCCUUUUUGUCCAAGAAUCCGGUUUUGAGUUGAGGUAUACUCAUAUAGGUCAGGCACGGCUCAUUGUAGGCAACAAUCUACACGUCAAGAAACAGUGUUUUCGUUACUAGCACAUUACACAAAUUACGCCUGUAUCAGUCCCGUAUGCGUAGAGUCAGAGAUAAUGUGCAUGUUCCGUAUUUAAAGAUCGCCCCAUAGUAUCCCUGUUAUCGCGCCGAUCCGUUUCACAUAUUUAUUAUCUAAGCAGGCAAGUUCGCCGUUUAGAUGUGAAAACGAUAUUAUUCUGCAGACCCUUAUAAUUCUUCAUAUCAUUUAUUAUUGUACUCAUAUAAUUUGGGUGGGAAGGGGAAAGCAAACGGAGUGAAUGCAAAAUUUAAAGAAUAAAGAAUUUGCAAACAUUAAUAAUAGGUCGAAGCGGAAGAAAACGUAGACAAACCACGGGACACAAGCGUAGAGCUGAACGAAUGGGUUUGAAGAAAACGAAACAAAUUAUGUAAAGAAAAUACAGUAACAAAACAAAUGUGUUCAGCCCAGUCCGGCGGGUUCAUAGACACGUGGGAGUCGGCUUUAUGUUUUGUUUUUGAAGGGAAGGGCCACAAUAAACAACCGUGCCGAUCGUGUUGUUCUUUUUUUUAUAAGACAGUAAGCAAAAAAUACGAAAAUUCUAAAACAAACAAAAAAAACGAGAUACGAAAAACAGAUGCACGGAUCGAUGAUUGAACCGGUA